GCCGCAUACUCAAGUCCCAUCCGACCACACCUCUUCCUUCUAUGAGGGAACGUGAACAGUCCUCAGGCCCAGCCGUGAUGAUCUUUCCAGAGCAGGUAGGACAGAACUCCUGAAGACGGAGGCAGCUGGCACACAGGCUAGUCCUACGGUACAGUGGCACAGGCCUUUCAUCCCAGCGCUUUGAGAGGUAGAGGCAGGAGGAUCAGGACUUCAAGAUCAUCGCUGGCUGCAUGGUGAUUUAAGGCCAGCAUGAGGCCCUGUCUCAGAAAACAAAAAACAAAGGGGAAAGAGACAGAGAUGGCGCGUGCGUGCGUGCACGCGUGUGUGUGUGUGUGUGUGUGUGUGUGUGUGUGUGUGUGUGUGUGUGUGUGUGUAUUAAUGAACGGAGAAAAGAGGUCAGAUCAUAGCGAGGCAACAACGUAUACAACGGCAGAGGCCUCCUUCCACCUGAAGCAGGCCUAGGACAGAAGGUGGUGGGAUAUCCACAGUGACUGGGGACUCAGUCAGACCUCGGCCUCCGCUAUUUGCUCUACUAUUCACAGGCCCGCCAUUAAAGUUCACACAUCUCCAACAUCCUGGCAAAGAAAGAAAAUCUUCACAGGGCAAGAUCUCUAGCUUAUGUAACCCUUCUGCAUUUAAGGAGCACUGCCCUGAAAUUCUUUUUAACUAUUAUUAUUUAUGAAUUUGACACUUAUGGAAUACCUUCUUAGCAAAGACUUACUGUGUGCCUGGAAGUAUAACUUUUUUUCACUAAUUCAUUAUUUAAACUCUUAAGUAGUUGUUCAUACACGUCAUUUGGGGGUUAAAGCAAGGAGAAGAAAUAUCAGCUAUCUCAGAGAAACGGCCUUAUGCUAAGUUUAGAAUUCUUGUGCCUCGGGGCUGGAGAGAGUCUAGUGGUGGUCUCAGCAAGCAAGUGAAGCACCCAGCCACUAAACCCAGGGGAACCUGGACUGCAGGAGGUGGGGGCGGGGAAGAGGCGGGGCUCCAAACCCUCAUUGGUCGGCGGGUUCUCCCGCUGUGGCCGCUCCUCACGGGUUCUGGCAGGCAGUCAGAAGGAGGCGCUCCCGGGCACGCGCGCGCGCGCACGUGCGGCUCCGCCCGCCGCCCCUCCGAAGCCCCCCGGAUGGAGUCUUUUUGGGAACGGAGCUUUGCUGCACCCGACAACCUUCUUCUGCAGACUUCCCGACGGCUCCCGCCUCAGCCCCGCCCCCAUGAGCUCGCCAAUCGCUGUGCGCGUGUGGCAGGGGUGGGUGGAGCCUAGGAAAUUCGAAAGAAGCUCCGCCCCUCGGGAGCCUGUUCCCGGGAACUGGGAGGUUGUAGAAGAAAAGCAUCCUGCGUGGACGGUGAGGCGGGGUGGGAAGUGGAAACGGAGUGUGCGCGCCGGAGGUGUGGCGGGGAUGUGGUGCCGGGAAGUGGAAAGGUGGCGGGAGGGGCGGGGGAGAGAGGAGGGAAAUCCCGGAUAAUAACAAGGAGGGGGGUGGAGUGCGCAGACUGCCCGACUGAGGAGGGGCAGAUCACCCAUCAGGUGUUGGGGCACGAGCGCUCUGCACCUUUCCCGAAAAUAACGGGCUAGUUUCAGGGGCCCGUGCUGUUCCUGGGAUCUUGCUUUACCACCACCAUGCCUCCCCACCCCAGAUAAUGCACCCCGAGUCUAGAUGGGGGCCUAGGGCAGGAUGAUAGAUACCUGAGGUAGGCAUGUUGUCUUUCCUGCUCAGGUCUAAGCUGACUCGCUUCUGCUGGCUGGGCAUGGAGGAUUUGAAAGAAGAUGUCAAGUUCAUUGCGGAUGAGACCUUGGACUUUGGAGGGCUGUCCCCAUCUGACAGUCACGAGGAGGAAGACCCGACAGUGCUGGCGAGUGCAGAGAAACCGCUUCGAAGGGGCCUCUCUCACCGGAGUAACCCGAACCCGAAUGCGGUCGCCCCUGCUCUCCAGGGUGUGAGGUUCAGUUUGGGCCCUCUCAGCCCAGAGAAGCUGGAGGAGAUCCUCGAUGAAGCCAACCGCCUGGCAGCUCAGCUAGAGGAGUGUGCCCUGCAAGAUCGUGAGCGGGCAGGGGCAGGCCCUGGGAAGCCCAGCCCCAGAGGGAAGCCCAGCCCUCGGCGGGAGACGUUUGUCCUGAAGGACAGCCCCGUCCGAGAUCUGCUGCCCACUGUGAGCUCUUGGAGCACGCCAUCCCCACGCAGCCUCGCUGGACCCCGAAGCAGCGAUAAAAAGGGGUCAGCCAGGGCUGUUCGGGUGACAGCUGGAAAGAAGCCCCCCAGCACAAAGAAGGAAUCGCCCACUUGCAAUCUGUUCCCUGCAGCCAGAAGCCCAGCACUCUCUCCUCUGGCACAAUCAGCUCUUCCACCCCGGCGGAAAGCUGGGCCCAGUGCACGGACAACAGCGAGCCCGCCAGUCCCUGUCAGACCAGUCCUAGCUCUACAGCCCUCGACUAGCAACUCUCAGUGUUCAUCCCGACUCCAGGGAGCGGCUGCUAAGUCUUCCAGUCGAUUACCGGUCCCCUCAGCCAUCCCCAAGCCCGCCACUCGAAUGCCACUCACUAGCCGGAGUGUACCGCCUGGCAAAAGUGCCCUACCCCCAGAUUCUCUCUCCACCCGGAAAGGGCUUCCAAGUGCUGCAGGGCACAGAGCUCCUGUUCCCCAGAGAACGAAUCUUCCAACCACCGGUGCCCCUCGAGGCAGGAUGCAGCCCCUCAGGAAAGCUGCAGUCCCUGGACCUACCAGGUAAGACUGGUCCCUCCGCCCUCGUCAGCUGGGAUUCCACGCCGCUGUGCACGGCAUCCUUGAAUUCUGUGUGGAGUGGGCAAGAGAGGAGCGAGAGGUUCCUGCCUUUUCCUAUCCUGGGGGCUUGAACUUGGCUGGGUACCAGAUGGGCGUAGAGGAAGGGCCCUCUAAAGCAGUUUCCCCCCUUCUGUCUCUUCAGGUAAAAAGAUCAGGCAGCAGGCACGUAUUCAGUAGAGAACCACUACACUACCAUCCUAGCCAUCGGAGACUGGACCCUCCCCCAGCAGUCCCUGACUCCAGCACCUUCUUGCCCAGGAUGGGGGGAAGAGUUAGUGCCUCCGGGGUUGAUCUCUGAAGUGGAGACCACGGAGGAUGGGGUGGGUUGAGCUUGAGGAGACUCAAACUCCUCCCACCCCCGCCCCCACCCUGGCUGAAAGAAGAAGAGAGAGGCCGAGGUCACUUCCCCGAAGACAGAGUGACUUGUCUCCCCGUGUGGUCAGCCCGAGAGAACUUGACCUUCUUCCCAGACCGUGGGUUGCCGGCCCAUUUACACGUGAAUGGCCUGCAGAACCAGCCAGCCUUCCUGGUCUCUAGGAGAGGUCUUCCUGAAUCGUUUCCUCCACUGGAUUCUGGCCUGUUGGGAGAGGCCAUGCAGGCACCUGGCAUGCAGGGCUUCUUGCCUGUGUAUUCUGUGACUCCUCACAGGCCAAUCGAUGAUAAGGUUACUCACCAGUCUGCAUUUUUUUUCUUAAAUAAAAUGAAUUUUUUUAUAUAUA